UCGUUUCAAAAAUGAUGUAUUUUCUGUUGGAUCUGGUUCAACAUUUGCAUUUGGUGUACUGGAUAGUGGACUAGAUUAUGAAUUGUCUACAAAUGAUGCUAUUGAACUAAGUAGACGUUCAAUUAUCAUGCUACUUAUAGAGAUGCUGCUUCUGGUGGUCUUGUUAGAAGUACAUAUAUGA